AUACUUCAACAAGUGUUAACGUAAAUCAUAAGCGAGUUUAUCUUGGUACUCUUCGGAUUUCCUCUAAUCUCACCUUAUACUUAACCGUGUUUAGUAGUGUUUUUGUGUCAAAUCGACCAAAUUUCGUCAGAAAAUAAAAAUCAACAUCAAAAUGAAAUUCAUCGCCGUCUCGUUUGUUUUCGCCAUCACCGUCUCGGUCGUUUUAUCCCAAGGAUUCAACAUCCCUUACGGAUACCGUCUGGUGCCCAUUAAUAGUUACUACCCAUCAGCUCCGGCUCCUCUGGCUCCUUUAGCUCCUUUGGCUGCAGCUCCAGCUUUGACUCCAGCUGCUGGACCUUACAAAAGCGAAACUUUCUCUACGCCUAGCCUGAGCAAAUCUGAAAUCCGUGACGAUUCUGGCCAAUACGCUCUCAGUUACGUCACUGCCGAUGGAAUCCGUGUCAGCGAACGAAGCUACUUGAAACCGUCCAAAGAAGGAUAUGUUCCAGUCAAAGAAGGAACUUACGAAUACACCAGUCCAGAUGGAACCCCAGUAUCGUUCGGUUACAAGGCCGAUGAAAAUGGAUACGUCGUUAAAGGAUACCCACUCCCUUUGGGACCAGUUCCAGUAGCCGCUAAAGCUUAAAAAAUUAAAUCGUAUUGUUUUCCUCGUUUUAACUCACUUAUCUUUGUUUCAAAUUGUUCACGAAAGACGUCUUUUUUUCUCCCUUGGGAUAGACGAUCUCAUAAUUUUUGUAAUUGUUGUUAUCGAAGAAAUAUUACCGCAAAAUUUUUUUAAAAUACAAGUUUUCGUUGCGUUUUGAAA